UGCUUGUAAAGUUUUUUCAUCUUUUAUUUGACCCGCAAUUGUUCCAUUCCUAUCAGUACUACCGCAGCGAAGUGCAACUUGCAGGAGAGGACCAGGAGACAUAAUUUGGAAAUGGCGAGCCUGCAGGAGCGGACCGCUCCUGCCGCGGAGCGCUUAAUCCAGUCCUUGCUCGAGCGCAAUACCGUGAGGAAAAAUCCCCCCUUCCAAUGAUAUUAAUUGAAAUGGAAAUCGGUGAUGAUCCAGGACUUGUGUAUUGAUGUAGAGGCGGACCACUGCAGGUGGAUGCAAGGCCUGGGCAGGGGUGUUUUGAGGUAGGCACUACGCAGGCCGCUCUCUGUCGAGUUGUAGGUCUAACAGCGUCAGCACAAAUCGCUUCCGUAAAAAUGCACCGGGCUGGCUGGAGUGGCCCUGCUCUUGGUCUUGCAAGACAGACGCGAUCAUCUGAGGUCACAAAUCAGCGUUGCAAAUUUAUUUUAGGAGCAUAUGGCUGUAUUUCAGAGCAGGGGGGGCUUAUUUUUCCUCACAAUACGGAAGGCGGGCGAGCUAGACGAAAAGCGGGCGCAGCGCAUGAGCAGUAUCAUCGAAGGCAUUUCUCUUCAUCAGGGGCGCAUGAUGUUGCUGGCGGGCCGUCAACCGAAUACAACGUCUGACAUGGUGAAGCCAGGAGAACUGUCUUCUACUUGUUCGCCUUCUUCUCCUUCCGCGGAACUGCACCACCAGGCCAGCGCGCGGUGGUCCCAAGCAGCGAAGCAAGUGAAGCGGCGCAUCUCCGGGGGCACGGAGGAUUUGGACGCUAGUAACAAACUCCUAUCUUCGCGGGGACUUAAUACGGGACGAGCUGGAAAGGGCCUUCCUGCCGGAGUUGGAGGAGCUGGGCUGCGCGAGACAGUUGCCGCAGUGGCAGCUGCUUCGCCGAACAAUCCCAGCCCAGCACUGGAUUUUUCAUUAUCUACUUCGCAAUUCCGGGCAAGAAGUAGUGCCGCCCUGUCGUCCACCAAAAUAAACACAAUGCCCUCGUCUACUUCCGUCAAACGGCAAUACAGCACCCGCGGAGCUGCCCAGGGACUGCAACCGGAGCAGAACCUCCUCUGCCCGGCCGACAUCUUCAACUACGUGGCCUUCGGGCAGGGUUCGCUCCGGCCGGACUCCCCGGAGGUGCAAGUCGCGACGGUGCUGUCUGGGGAUGGUGCGCAGCACGUCGAGGAGGCCCAGGAGCGGCAGCUACAAACCGAGCGCGCUUCCCGGGGCUUCAGCACCGCCGGACCGGGAAACCAGCACGCCCUGGACCUGGUGCGGCAGCGGUUCGGAGAGGAGAACUACGCGUGGCCCCCGCGGGGGUCUUCGAGUGUAGUUCUGGGUGGACAUCAACAACAUGGGCAGCAAGUGAACAACAUCCCGACACCUCCUGCUCCAAAGGAGGUCGACGAAAUAAAAUCACAGCUGGGGACAGGAACUACAACAAACGUAGUACGCAAGAACACGAUCAUGGCCGCUCCGCCUGCAGCUCCUUCGACCAGCAGGUUCAGCGACCGUAUCCACGAAGUGCUGGCUCGCAACAGGGAGUUGCUACCCACUAAAAUCCUCGUAGAGCAACAUGAUAAUGAUAAAAAGUACGACCAGACGGCGAAAGAAAAUAAUGACAAUAAUCUCCCAGAAGAUAGUAAAAAUCCGAGCAGCACGGACUUCUACACGACAAUGCCGUCUGCCCCGGUGAAGACUUUUUUUCCGUCUCUCGCUCCGGCUAUCCCUUCCACGCUACAUAUUCACCUGAACGAGCAGAACCAAGUAACCGCGGGAAGUACAACUAGUAGAAGAACCUCUCCUCGUAGUAGUAGAGCCAGCCCGGUUCAUCUUACAUCCUUCCGUGACGGCGCCAGUCCACCUUCUCACGCCGUCCAGAUCCAGACGGUACAUGACCGAACUAUGACCUGCUCAAACGUUACAAUCUCAAACGUUACAAUAGAGUUUGGAUUUUGCCUUGCAUGACGAGCAUGACAGACUCGGACAGCAUUCCACUUUCUGCAGUACAAAUUUCGCCAGAUUGUAGUGCGGUUUGGGACUGCGGAACUUGUCAUGCGCAAACCUAUGAGAGUUGGCUACAUAAUGCAUCCAUUGCAUCACAGAUCUCGAUAUUCUAUUGUAACGUUUGAGAUUGUAACACCUGAGCAGGUUAUACGAACGGGAGACCAUGUAACCGUCUCCGUACCGAUAAAAACGGGACACACGGCGCGACCUCUAGUUAAUACUAGCCGGCAAAGCCCAAUUCCGGCGAGCCCAAUUUCGCGGCCGCGCGCGACGUUCUUGACCGUGGAUGACCCAACCGGAAAAAUUCCGCAGCUCAUGCCGUGCCACAGCAGUCCGCGGCCGCUCCGCGCGGGUUCUAGAAGUAGUUCUUUGGAGCGCAUUCGGCACGGUAAUAAACCGGUCGUGACCUCGGUGUUUGGUGCGGAUGGUGCGAUGGUGACGUAUGGCAAACCGGCCUUGCUUAUCAAAUGUAAAAAUGUCUGGGUCGGGAAGAAUGCAACUUGUGAUGCUGUCUCUGCAUUAUACAAAAAUCUGUAUUGCAUGACCAGCAAGAGGGCUCCAGUUUGUGCUACAUGGAGGGGGUAUUUCUCAUGCGGGAUAGGCAUCAGAAAGCCCGCUGAAAAUCUGUGAUGCCAGGCUAUGCAUUAGUUAUGCGUCAUGUAAAAUCUGCAUGACAUCCAGACCCAGACAUUUUUACAUUUGAUAUUGCUGCAGCCCACGUUGCGCUCGCCGUCGAUGCGCGCGGGGGCCUCCGCAGCUUCGAGUGCAGCGAAGAAGUCUACUUCACGGUGGAGUACAACUAGCCCGGGGGCGAGGAGCGGGCGAGGGUCGGCGGGUGCCUCUUCACCGGCACUGUUCAGUCACCAGAGCUAUCAAAUGUGAAAAUGUCUGGGUCUGGAAACUUGUGACGCUGGGUGGCGUCUCAUGAUGAGGCCACAAGUGCUGGCUCAGCAUGACAAGUUUCUGAGCUUCUAGGUGUUGCCUAUUCUGCAUGACAAACUGCGUUUCUGCAUCACAGAAAAGUGGGGCUCUUGGGUAACGUGCAUGACAGAUUUAAGAGUCAUGCCAGACAAGCAUGACAAACAUGCAUUCUUCCAGACCCGCCAGACAUUUUUGCAUUUGAUAAGAGCUUCGUGGGGCAGGACGAAGCGACCGUGCUCCAGCAGCGGGCCGCAAAGCGGAAGCGGCAGGAAGAGUUGCGGGCGAGCAAAAAGUAUGCAUUGCAAAUAUGUCUGGGUCUGGAAGAUUGCGAGAUUUGUCAUGCUAGUUUGGCAUGACUCUUAACUCUGUAUUGCGUGCCCAGGAAUAGCCCCUCUUGUCUGUCAUGCAGAAACACUGUUUCUCAUGCGGAAUAGGCAACACAGAGCCGCGCAAAAAAUCUGUCAUGCUUGGCGGUGCAUUACAGUGCGCUUUCUAUUCACUGGCAUGCAUCACAAAUUUCCAGACCCAGGCAUAUUUGCAUCUCAUAAUAAGUUCACGAACAUUUUCUACGGGUCGGAGUCUCUGUUCCACGGCGCGGAUCUCUCCGUGCGGAGCCCCACGCAACUGGAGUACCAGAAAAGGCUCGAGGAAGAGGAGAAAAAAGAUGAAACAUCGAGUCGGAACACCUUCACAUUGACGAAGCAAGUUGGAGAACAAGAAGAAGAAGAAGACCUUGCUGCGAAUGGUACAACCGCAAACAACGAAAAAAAUCACGACAUAUUUUUCGCACACCCGGAAAUUGAAACUUUCGCGCAAAAAACGCCGGGGAGUGCUGCAGGGGCGAACGAAGCAAAGACAGAGAGUAGUAGAAGAACCACAUCAGUAGCAGCAGAAGUUUCCCGAAUCGAGCAGAUUCUCGCCAGCAGUCCAGCUGCGACGUCGACACUUCCUUCGGUGGAUGAAAAAUUGAAGCAGGAAGACAUUACAACAGGAAAAAUCCCGGCAACCAAGAACUCUUUUCCUCCAGCCGAACAAAGUUCUAGCAUCAAACCCGACGGCGCAGUAGAACUUCAGCAGGAAAAAAACGAAGGUGGAAUGACGCCCGAGAUCAACAAAGCUGGGGAUGACUUUCAUCUUCAAUUGGGACAGAACUUGGACAAUGUCUCAGCAAGAACAAAAAAGAGGUUCUCGGUCGGUGCUGCGGGUUCCGUGACAGUCGUUCCAACGAGUGUAGUAGAGAAAACUAGUACCGGCGAUCAUCUUGAUCUAGAACUACUUCGAGAAGAUGACGCUGAAGCAGGGGGAAGCAGCACGUUGGAAACGGAGGUAGAAGAUGAAACAAGAACUGGUGCAGCAGCGCCACCUUUGUCCACCUCGGCAGCUUCAUCUGCGAAAGUAGAGCGUCAACAACAUCUCCACCACAUUGUUCAACACGACGGCGCGAGCCGGCUCUAUUUUUACCAAGAACAAAAGACAAGUUCUGGCACUGAAGAUCAGGUAGAGCUGCACGACGAGGACGACGGCAACAGGGGGCAGCGCGAAGAACCUACUGCGGUUGUUCUUGAGAAUAUCAUGAGUGGCAAAAAAGCUGAAAUAAGCACUUUUGCUACUGCGGAUCCACAACAAGAGCACAACCCCUUGCCUUCAAACUCGAGCACCGACAAACACACCUCCCGCAGCGAAGCGCAUUUCGUCGCCAGGAUAAAGAAAAAGGUACUUUUCUUGAACUGAUUCUUUCCAUGAUGAGUAUGUUUCAUUUAUUGUUUCAACGCACUGUACCUGUAGUCACUGCUCCUCGAUUCGUGUAGAGUUUUUGUUUCACUAUCACUAGCGUUGUUGCUUCUAUCACAGGUCGCGAAGACCCGGCCCGACGUCCCAGAGGAGUCAGUGGAAGUGGAGACUGGACAUCACGACAGUUUCGCUUUUGUCUACGGCCUCGAUCCGGCCACGAACCAGCGCGAAAUGCUGUUCGUCGCUCCGAGAAUAAAGAAGGGGGCUUCUACUUCCGGAUGAGGACGGCUAGUUUAAUAUUUCUUUGGCGGGCGGGCUUGCACUGGCUGGAAGAAUGUUGUACAUAGUGAUAGUUCUUCACUUUGCCCCUGUAAAAUGGAUUACAAAUUUGUGAUGUACAUGUAUGCCUAUCUGAACUCAACUAAGCACACCGCUUGUUGUUGAUUUUGCGACGAUACAAAUGAAAUGACGAUGUUUCGGUUUCCAUUUUGCUUGAUGCAUUCAUCAGUGUUUGAAACUGAACCAUGUGCACGAGAAA